CCUACCACUUCUUGGUCCAAUUGACAUGGAAUGACCCUCGUAUACCACUUCAUCCGGACUUUACAACGGUUUUUCGUCUUGCUCAUGUUUUAUUCUCAUUUUUGACAAGGGCUAUUUUUGCAAUGAGCUCCUCAAUUAUGCAAUCACUAUCUAAUCGGUGUAGCGUAUAGCGUAAAAUCGCUGAUGAUCGGACGUUGACCAAUGACCAAUCGUCGGCAAUAGCGCAGCCUCCGUGCGUUGCUCGAUAACGGAAAAUGAGGUAGCUAAAGCUAUGUAGACUGUAGACGUAUCGCAGGAGGUAGGAAGGUUCGAAAUAUGAUGCAGAAUUGCCGGUGGCAAGUUGGACGAACGGUUAAUUCCCGUUGUUGGUUGUCGCUCGUCGCUCGUCGGUUCCGUAUUAUUCAGUUUCAGUAAUCAGUUAACCAGACUACCACAACGACGACGAUUUAGCCAUUGAGGUAUCGCGAUCGUUUCUCCUCUCUGAGUCAGUUUAUUUGUACUCGUACUUUUUGUAUUGAUCUACUCGUAUCCGUAUGCAUAUAGGUACUCGUAGAUGACACUGACGUGAUCGUGAAUCGCGAAUCGUGAAAUGAGAGAGAAUGCAACUUUGUAACGUAUGUAGUUCGUACCGCGUAGUAAGAGCAACGUGCUAAUUCUGCGUACCUACCUACUAUCGAGUAUCGAGUGGGCAGCAGUACGAGAGAGAGUAGUUUGCGUAGCCGAAGCCUUAUAGUUUAGUGUUUAGUUGUGCUGUGCUGUGCUGUGUCGUGUGUCGUGUAUAUAUCGCGUCGUUUGCGAAUUUGUAUUUCGUUACGUUCAAUUCGAGCUUAUAUAGCGGAGCUUUGGUUUUUCGCAACAAUCACGAUCGUAUUUGGACCUAUUGCUGGCGAUGAUGGUGGUACAUUGAGUACCUACGUAAACCCAGUCACUAGAGUAGAUUUCAGACAUGAACGAUGAAGGAAUACCGAACGAAAGCACUUCGCGUUACAACGCCGCAUUCCAUUGACGGUAACCAGCUCGAUAUACUCGUAAAACACGAUCGUUGUAACAGCGGCGGGACCGGUGGUGAAGAUGCCUUCAACGACACCGACGGUUUCUUCGACCAUAUGUUGCAAUUCGAUUUGGUUGCUGUCCCAUCCGAGAGUAAGGCCAUGGCCAUGGCCAGCGAUUCUACUACAGCCAAUGAUUUUAGGCGACUGCGGCAAUGUGCACGCGAAGGCGAUGGCAUCAAAUGCGCGUCCUCCACGCAAUGUCGAAUCAUGACUACGAGUACGUCUACUGCAGGUAGACCUACUGAUACUUGUGAGAAACUGCAACAAGUGCCCGCGCCCAACCUGCUGCAAAGCCUUAGCAAAAAGCAUUACGAACCCGCUGACGCACAUGCCCAUGCCCAAGCCCAAGAAAGAAAUUGGUCAGAAAAUGGCGAAACUUGCCGCUGCCGAUGCCGUUUUACUCGAUGUAAUCUCCAAGAUAUAAAACAUGAAAAAUUCCUACCACAGUCCGUAUUGCCUGCGCCGUCGACGUCUAUUUGUAAUAACGACCGAUUUUGCAGUUCCGUAUUAGAAUUAGUAUCUGGUGCGGAUUUGAGCAACAAUUGGCCAACAAAGAUGCAGCUAAUAAAAGAAGCCAUUCAGCGGCAAAAGAAUAUGACUUCAAGCAGAGGCGCUGGCACUAGUCGAUGGUAUAAUGUGCGAGAUGCCAGCGGCAAUACCGCCUUACUAGUCAGUGGCCAGAAGCUUUUGAAAGAAGGCUGCUUUGACAAAGUUGUCGAAUUGGCCAACGUAUUGCUGUCGGAAGGAUCGGACGUAAAUGUUUCGAAUAACGAGAACAGAACGCUGCUUUCUUACAGCAUUCAGUAUAUGGAUAAGAGUAUUCGAUUGACUGCCUUACUUUUAAAUUAUGGAGCCAACGUCUGGCCAAUCGGUACAGCAGGCACCACAGUCGCCAGCACAAAGUUACCUUUAGCGAAGAACAAGCAUCCUGUUCUUGUGGCCGAUAACGUCAGCGACAGUCUGCCACUCGCACCACAAGUUGAAAAAUACAUCGACCAUAAUGCCUUUGACGGUUGUAAUAGCGCUUUCACCUGGUUUUUAAUCUCGAUCAUGAAAAGACUGAAAUUGAACGAUAACUGCCUUCGAACGAUGUAUUUGUUAGCCGAAGCAAUGGGAGAACAUCCGGAAUUGAUGCGUUCGCAUGUGAUGAGUACCAUGUUCAGUCACGCCAAAUGUUACAACGUACUCGGCCCGGUCUUCUUACAAAUCAAAUUGGCCAUGUCGCCUUACUGGACGCAGCCGCAAAGCUUGAAGUAUAUGUGCAAGUCGGCGAUAAGAAAAUCAGUCCUCAGCCUCCCUGGAAGAUUUGUUACCGCUGAAAAUAUGUCCUCGUUGUUGUUACCGCCGUCCUUAGAAUCUUAUGUCAUGUUGCAAAAUUGAGCUCCAAUUUGUAUUUUUUUACCUACUGGUAUGGUACAUAUUUCACGUACCUAUUUGUACUCGAAUGAUAAUCUGUCUGUCUGUACCUUUGUAGAACCUACAUAUGAGCGUAUAGUACCUACUAGGAUAAGUAGGAAAUGAUGUAGCGUGUAGAAACACAGGCCAACUGCUGUUAAUAGCUUACACCAAGGAUGCAACGAUAUCGUAUCGAUACUUUUGAAUUUAUCGUGAUAUUGGAUCUAGAAAUCGUGAUGGGUAUUUUUGCUUAAAAAUUGGCUAAAAUGCCAAAAAAAUUUCUGAAAAAAAAACAAAAGGUCGAUUAUUGCAGCCAAAUCAGCUGCCAUAAAUAUUUUGACCGAACAUGAAAAGCUGUCAACUAUCACGGUAGUCAGAUACAUAUCUGCAUUUACACACACGAUCGUGUCUGUAAAUACUAAAUCAAUAUUGUUUUUAGCCUGUUCGUAUGUACCUAUUCGUAAAUAUGAUUUGUUGAGUUUUGUUUGUUGUUUUUUUUUUGUUUAUUUAUUUAUUUUUUCGUUUAUUCGUUUAUUUAUUUAUUUAUAUUAUUUAAUUUGUUUUUUAAAUUUCAUUUUAUAGAAAAGCAUUUAUUUUUCAUUCGAGCAUCGAAUUCUUAUUUAGUUGGUAAAUAUACUCGUAAGUACACAUAU